AUGAAAGUAAUAAUAUCAAUAAUUAUCAUCUUAAUAAUAAAAAACUUUAAAUUUGUAAAUUCAUACACCUACAAUAAUGUAGGGAAAUCAAUAGAAUCAAUUCAUAAUUCUUUUAGAAUCAUUGCUAGGAAUUAUGGUCCAGAACCAGCAUCUCCAUUGAAUUUAAUUAGUUAUUCAAACGAUAUUGCAAAUAAUGUACAAAAUUUUGUAAACAAGUGUGAAUUUAAAGUACCAGAUUCUUCAUAUGGAGUGGGUAAUGGAUACAGUUUAUUUAAAGUAAUGAAUAAAGAAUUUGACCCUGUAGAUGUUAUAAAUAGAACUUUUGUAAAGACAGCUCCUUUAUACGAUUGGUCAAUUGCUGGGUGUAAAGAUGGGAAAUGCUGUGAUAAUUAUCCAACAAUGAUUUGGAAUACAACUACUCAGGUUGGUUGUGCAACAUCAUUCUGUAAAGAUUCAGAUUCUAAAGGAUAUAACUUUCUAGUUUGUGGGUACUAUCCAUUGGGUAACUAUGGUGGAGUUAAACCCUACACUCCAAAAGAACAAAACCUGACUGAAGAAGUAGUACUGAAAAGCCACAGAAACCAUACCAAUUCAAACAGUAGUUCUACAAGUUCAUUUAUUCUCGAAUCCACAACUGAUGAUGUGGAUUGGAAACAACUGGGUUUUGUUACAAGUAUAAAAAACCAAGGCUCAUGCGGAGGUUGUUAUGCUUUUGCAACCUGUGCUGCUUUAGAAUCUGCCUAUUUAAUUAAAAACAACUUGCCAAAUACCGAUAUCGAUUUAUCUGAACAAAACUUUAUUAGUUGUUCUAGAAAUGGGUGCAAUGGUGGCAAUGGUCAAUCCUCAUUAGAAUCUCUAAAACCCAAUGGUGUUCUUUACGAAAAAGAUGAUCCAUACUUAGCAGUUACUGGAAUGUGCCCAAUUUUAAAUAUCUUACAAACAAAAUUCAAAUGGACUGGUUAUGCAAAUUUAAAAUCCACUAGAGAUAACUUUAUAGCAGCUUUAAAGAGUGGUCCAAUAUAUGCCGCUGUCUAUGUUGAUGCAGGUUUUCAAAGUUAUAAAUCUGGUGUCUAUUCAUGUCCUCAAUCAUACACACCAAAUCAUGCAAUUACUCUUGUGGGUUAUUCUUCCGAAACCGAUAGCUUUUUAGUUAAAAACUCUUGGAGCACCAAUUGGGGUACAUCUGGGUAUAUGUAUUUAAAACAAGGUUCGUGUUCAUUGUACUCAUUCCCAGGAGUUUUACCAUUUGUAUAA